AUGAUACUGCUCGUUUCCCGGAGCCAAGAGGGCGAGCGGAUGUCGGAGGUCGCCCGCGGGCUCCCACAGCUUCCAGUCAGCGGCCUCACAGCGACGAUUCAGACCGUAACAUGCGUCUUGACGGUUCUUUCUACCCUCGUGGUUGGUCUUCGCGUCUGGGUGAGGCUCAAGCUGUCGGAAUCGAGAAAGAUAUGGGGCUGGGACGACACUUUUGCCGUCCUUGGGUGGGUUUUCUUCUUGCCAUCAGUUGCCUUUAUCCUCCUCGGGACGUGUUAUGGGCUCGGGGCACGCGAUGCUCGAAUCCCCGAAGGACAGCUGGUCUACUACCGAAUCAAGCUUAAGGAAUACAUGUUUUGGUGCGAAGUUGCAUACUUCAUCUCGACAGUCAUGACCAAGCUCUCCGUGUCCAUUAUGAUUGUGCGGUUGAGCACUACCCAAGUAUAUGCGUACAUCAUUUGGGGAAGUAUGACUGUACUAGCUAUUAACUUGUUAGUCUGUAUGGCUAUUUGGUUGGGGAGCUGUUCUCCUGUACCAGCUCUAUGGAACGAGAACCUCGGCCACUGCCGUCUUCGUAACGGAUGGAUACUUGCUGCUUACAUCGGCACUACCGUCCUGGCUAUUGUGGACUGGACAUGCGCAAUCACGCCAUUCUUCCUCAUACGGGGCCUACAAAUGCCAAAACGUCGUAAGGUUUCAUUACAAAUCAUACUGGGUUUGGGCAUCAUCGGCAGCGCUGCCGGACUAGUCCGCUUAGGAUACUACCAUUCAUACGAUACCAAAGCAUAUCCAAAUGAGUCUCUUUAUAAUUGGGGACAGACAGUUUUAUGGUCGGUCAUGGAGGGCGGCUUAGGAGUAACAACCUGCUCCAUGCCACCACUUCGCAAACUCGCUAGCACCUACUUCCGUGGAUCCUCUAACGACGUGAGCGAAAGGUCGACGGGGAACACUGCUGUAGACAGCACGGAACUGAGAACAAUUAGACUCUCGUGUAGCGGAGGAAAGUGGAACCAACUGCCAAGCCACCCUUGA